AUGGCCUCCGAGGGCACGCAUGAGGCUCUGCAGCCUAUCCACCCUUCCAUGGCUGGCAAGCUCGACCCCGUGUUCGAAAAGCUAUACAACGACAACGUGGCCAGCACACCAUUGAGACCAAUCGACCUGGGUGCACUCCGAUCCAAGUACUCGGAACUAUACAGCUACGGGACUGGUCCGGCCCCCGACGUGGGACGCGUAUACGACGACCGAAUCCCGCUGGGCGACGGCAGUGACGUGCAGCUCGACGUGAGGGUCUACGAGCCAGACUCCAAGGGCCCGUGGCCAGCACACAUCGACUACCACGGCGGGGGCUGGGCCCUGGGGGAUCUCGACACGGAAUCCCACAUCUGCAAGCACAUCUGCAAAAAGGCCAAUGUCGUCGUCGUCGACGUGGCCUACAGACUGGUUCCCGAGCAUGCCUUCCCCGUCGGCAUCACAGACAGCUUCGCCGCCCUCAAGUACGUCCACGCCCACGGCGCGGAGAGAUUCAACAUCAGGCCCGACAGCAUCUCCCUGGGCGGCGUCUCGGCGGGAGGGUGCAUCGCGCUGGCCCUCGCGCACCUCGCGCGCGACAACAAGCCCACCCCGGUGCCCGUAAAGCUGGUGAUUGUGGGAACCCCCGUCAUCGACGACCUGUCGCAGUACUCGUCGGCGGCCGAGUCGCCGUUCCCGUCGAUGCAGGAAAACGAGUGGGCGCCCACGCUCAACUGGGCCCGGCUGGCCUGGUUCGACAAGCUCAAGUGGUCGUCCCUGCCGGCCGACGCACAGGGCCACGGGGCCGCUCGAGAGAAGGUGGCCUGGUUCGCGAACCUGCUUCAGGCGCCCAGCUUCAAGGGCCUCCCCAAAACGGUCAUCUACACUGCCGGCGCUGAUCCGCUGCGGGACGAAGGCGAGCGAUAUGCCCGGGUGCUGGUGGAGAAUGGCAUCGAGGUGACACUGCGACGAUUCCCCGGGGUGCCGCAUCCUUUUAUGCACAUGGACAAGGAUCUGUGGCAGGCCAGCGAAUUCAUCGACAAGACGGCACGGGAGAUCCGCCUUGCCCUUUACGACUUGUAG